CAAAGCGAACAUAGGCUCUGGAACCUUCUGGACCUUUUUCUAGCACCUUCUAGCUCCUCCCAACCAUUGCCCUCAAAUAACGCCCUCUGUCUCCUUCUCUUCCCCAACAAGUCCACGUCGAAGCUACCUUCAAUUUGCGUCUAUCUCUUCGCUCCAAUUCCAAUGGCGUCCUCUCUCACUGUGAAGCGUUUCCUUUCCUCUUCCCUCCUCUCUAGAUCUCUCCUUCGCUCCACUGCUUCUGCAUCCCGCUCCUUCAACACCAACGCCAUGCGCCAGUACAAUGAACAUGCCGAUGACCGCAGCGUCGACGUUGACCGUCGCUCUGAUAACUCUUUCCCUCGCACUGCACGCCGUGAGGAUAUCAUCUCAGAUGUGUUCGAUCCGUUCUUUCCAACUCGGAGUCUGAGUCAGGUUCUGAACGUGAUGGAUCAGUUAAUGGAUAAUCCGUUCCUCUCUGCAUCGCGCGGGAUCGGAGCUGGAGUUGGAGCUCGUCGUGGAUGGGAUGCGAGAGAGACAGAAGAUGGUCUGCUUCUACGCGUGGACAUGCCUGGGCUCGGCAAGGAAGAUGUGAAGAUAUCUGUGGAGCAGAACACACUCACCAUCAAAGGUGAAGGUACCAAAGAAGGUGAUGAAGAGGAAGGCGCUCGUCGCUACUCUAGCAGAAUUGACUUGCCGGAGAAGCUUUACAAGAUUGACCAAAUCAAAGCUGAGAUGAAGAACGGUGUGCUCAAAGUCGUUGUGCCGAAAAUGAAGGAGGAGGAGAGAAACGAUGUGAUCAGUAUCAAGGUUGAUUAGAAUGUGGCUCUUUGGUUAAUCUGCAUAAAACUCUUUGUACUGUUUCUUUUUCUGAGGUAAUGGAUCAAGGUACUGGAUAAGAGAGCUUAAGGUUUAGUGUUGAAACUUCAGGUUUUCUAUGUUUAGUUUUGAAACCUCUACGUUUCUUUGUAAUAAAUCAAUGUAGAGUUAUGAAUUAACUUGUUGCUUGGAAUUCUGCAAUCGGAGUCUGAAUUUUCCUGUUCAU